AUCUGCUGCGCUACUUCUACUACUACUACAACUUCUCCUUAGCGUUUCUCCUCCUCCCAACUUCCCUAUUGGAAUUCCAGAUCCUGGCCGGGCUCAUAAAGGUGUUCAACGGCUUCUCCACCAACAGCAGCAGCCCCUCCUACUGGGGCCUCGAGGGCGGCGUGACCAAUGCCACGUGGAUCGCCUUCAGCGAGCAGUGGAUCCAACGCGUGCAGCCGUGGUCCAUUGCCGCAUGGACGGUCAUCAUCAGGCACGACGAACGCCCUUUCUUGGAGAGAAUGCUCAACUGCACCGUGAAGACACCGCUGGGAGCAGUGGCCCCUGCUGCUGCCCGCUACCUCGUCUCUGUGUUUCGCUAUCCCGCGCCCUACGCCUUCCCGCCCUGCACUGACUUCUUCCGCGAACCCACAGCCGACCAGUUCCUGCUGUCGGGCCAGCGCUUUGCCCUGCCGCCUCUAGUUUUCCCCAACACACACUCCGGGUUUGCGUACGCCAUCCCCAUGUUUCGCUCGCCGUUUCCCCGGCAGCCGUCGCUAGAGCAAGCCGUGGCAAGCAACGCUGGGGCCAUAGUGGCGGCGAUCGACACGGAGACACUCAUCUCCCACGCACUCAAGGACGUGCUCAACCAAGCAACCAGCGAGUACUCAUUCAGUCUCUACGACAUGACCGAGCCCGACGCCCCUGUGCUCAUAUUCGGCACCAACGCCAGCAAGCGGGGCGAGGGCAGUCUCAGCGGCCCCGUCACAUGGCUGCACUCCACGUCCAUAGCGCCAGGCCACAAGGACGUGAAACCAUUCCCACAGCCCUUUUGCCAGAGGACCAUUGAAGCUCACUGCAGAUUCCUUGACAGCGGCAGUCAGUGGAAGCUGCUGUGGGCGCCGGUGCUGGUAGCGCUGCUGGUGCUGGUGGUGGCGGUGCUGCUCACGCUGAUCAUCUUCCUGCUAGCGCGCAAGCGGUCUGAGACUCUGACGGCUGUGAGGCAGGUGGAGCGGUGCACUGCGGUGCUGGAGAAGUCUGACCGCUCCAAGAGCAACACCGUGGCCAGCCUCGCGCACGAGCUGCGCACGCCCAUCGUGGGCAUGCAAGGCAUGAUGGAUGCGCUGCUGGAGAGCGCACUGGGGCCGCCGCAGGACCGAGAUUUGGCAACAGCGAAGGAGUGUGCGGCGGCCAUCGUGGCGCAGCUCAACUCCGUGCUCGACCUCGCCAAGCUGCAGGCCGGCCGCUUGUCGCUGGAGACACUGCCACUCUCCGUUCGCCACUGCGUCGACAUGGUCGCGCGCGACCUGCUGCCAAAGGCCUCCAAGAGGGGCAUCCAAUUGCUGUGCCAUGUGGACUGCAGUGUGCCCGAGGUGCUGCUGGGCGAUCCUCUCAGACUCGCUCAAGUCGUGAGGGAGCUCAUCAGCCAUGGCAUCCGCACCACUGUCUCAGGACACGUGGCCUUCAGAGUGUGGUGCGUCCCCAUGGCCCCGAAGCAGCCCUGCCGCUGGGCCAGGUUACCAUCGUGGUUACAUGAGGCGUACUGCCACUGCAGCGGUAGCAGCAGCGACAGCAAUAGCAGUUUUGGCGACCAUAGGAGGCAGCUCUUUGCUCGUCUUUCCCUCCCCGAGUUGUGUUCCCCAUCGUCUCAUUCUUCACUCCUCUCCUCCCACACGCUCGAAGCACAGCUGGGAGGGCCAGGGCCAGGGCCAGGGCCAGUGGACGCAGCAAGCUAUUCCGUUCUGACUGAAGCAGUAUCCGAUGAAAGAGCCGAGGGCAGGGCAGGAAGGGUAGACUUAGAUAGGUGCAGGAGUGGAGCCAGGGGAAGGGGUGUCGGCAGUGACCGGCAAGGUGAGUCAGCAGCCGCAGUGCUGCAUGAGCUGGAUGAGUGCUUGAGUCGGUUCAGUGAUGCCGCCGUGAUGCGCACUCCUGUGGACACAUGUGCUGAUGAUGUGCUGGUAGAUAGGAUAGAGAGGGACGACGAGUCGACCGCCUGGCGUCGCCUUGGCUGGCUGCUUCGCACGCUGAAGGAACUCUGGCAAAGAACGACUGGCACAGGUGCUCACUCUGCUCCCACUGCAUUUGGAGGGUGUGGUGGCGCUGGCAGUGGUGGUGGUGCAGGCUUGGCUCAUGCCACAGUGAGCGUUGAGGGGUGUCAAGGAGACGGAGGGCCGGGUGGAGCAUUGAGGGGUGGGAUGGAAGAGAUGGCUGGGAUAGGGAUUGAAGGGGGAUGUAACGAGAUGGAGGAAUGGGAGAGGUAUAGGGAAGUGGAAGGGGGAGGAGGAGAGGAAGGGGGAGUGCUGGUGGUGAUGGUGUGUGAGGACACGGGGUGUGGCAUUCCACAGGAGGAGCUGCAGUGGGUGCUGGAUCCGGAAGGGCAGGCAGCAGCGCAGGGCAAGGCAGGCGUGCUGCUGCACACAGAGGGCUCUCAACACGGCGCGCACACGCAGCAGCAACAGAAGCAACAUCAGCAACAACAGCAACUACAGCAGCAGCAACAGCAGCCGAUGUCACUGCCUGCACUAUGCUCCCCUGCGUCUCCCCGCCAUUGCCCCUCCAACUGCUGGCCUGACACCGAUGCACCUACCUCCCUCCCCUCCUCUGCGCCUGCCUGGGAGCCCUACCCAGUCCGCUUCCUGCUCUCCACAGGCCUGGUGAAGCUAAUGAGGGGGGCCAUGGGAAUAGCAACGGAGCACAACGUGGGCACCUCCAUCCUCGUCGCCCUUCCCAUGGCCGCCUGCCACCUGUCCGGCACAGACGCUGUUGCUGCAGGUGGCAGCAGGACCAGUGGUGGUAGUGGUGGUGUGGCGGCGAGUGGGGGUGCGAGUGUGGAGGUGCAGGAGUGGGUGCUUCACCGCAAGGCGAUCUGGUCCCUGGUGAAGGGCAAGAGAGCGCUGUUACUGGAUGCCAUGGCGCUGAGAGCACAGGCUGUGAGUGGGUGCCUGCGCUAUCUGGGCUUGGAGGUGUCAGUGGCUCGCACGCAAUCACAAGCCAUGCAGCUCAUGCAGAUGCAAGAAAGCACCUCUGACAGAGGACGGUGGGACGUGGUGCUGGUGGACCUGGAUGCCUUUGGCCCGCGCACCGGACUUGCGCUGGGCUCUCAGCUCGCGCACCAGGCUGCUGCUGCUGUUGCCAGCUCCCAGGGGCAGGGGAGUGGGGGCAUGGAGCGGCGGGAAGCAGGGCGAGCAGUGGUGGUGCUGACAGGCGCCAAGGCUGGCGGCAUGGAUGGAGAGCAGAUGCACAGGAUGGGCUUUAAGGCCAUGUUGCCGCACCCUUGGCUUGUCACACACACCGCACACUGCCUGCAGCAGCUCUUCACUGCUUCACCAUCGUCCCCUGCUCCAGCCUCUCUCACUCUCACUCCCACCGGAGCCACCUCCGGCACGCCUUUCUCAGCCACGCCGUUCACCGUCACAACUUUCUCCUGCACCAUGCAAGAACCACCUGCCUGCCCACGUGGCAGCGAUCCAACCCCAUCUCCCUCCCUUGCACCUGCUGCACCUGCCACAGCGACCUCCAUCAUUCCUCCCUGCAACCCGACCUCCAGCACCAUUUCUGCAUCCUCCUCCUCCUCCUCCUCCUCCUCCUCCUCCUCCUCCUCCUCCUCCUCCUCCUCCUCCUCCUCCUCCUCCUCCUCCUCCUCCUCCUCCUCCUCCUCCUCCUCCUCAGCAAACUCCUUAGCCUCUGCCUCUCUGCCUGCACCCGGCACCACUGCCCAUGCGCGGUCCUCCUCCCUGCCUCUGUCAGCGCUGUCUGUGUCGCCGUGUGCAGCGUUGCCGGGGUCCCUGGAGGCGGCGGUGGCGGCGCUGCGGGGGGUGGUGGGGCAGCAGGCGGUGCUGGUGGUGGACGACAACGUGGUGAACCGCAUGGUGGCCAAGAGAACGCUGCUGGGGCUGGGGGCGCGUGUGCUCAUGGCGGACAGCGGCGCGCACGCGCUGGAUGCGCUGCGCCCGCAGAUAGCCGCCGCCAGGCGGAAGGGGCAGGGGGAGGGGGAGGGGGAUGGGCGCCUGCAGCAGCAGCAGCACGUGGACGAGCAGCAAGAGCCAGUGCGUGCCGUGUCGCUCGUGCUGCUGGACCUUCAAAUGCCAGAUAUGGACGGGUACGAGACGGCGCGGCGUAUCCGAGCCAUGGAAGCGGAAUGCAGCGCUUGGAGGGCUCGGGCCAGCCCCACACUUGAACCUGUGCAGCCACAUUCCCACACUGCAAAUGCUCCACACAAAGCCUCCCAGCCUGCUGAGCGCAUGCAACUGCAAGUAUCAGUCAGCUCGCCAUCUCCCCGGGAAGAAACUGUUGGUUCUGGGAGCCCUGCGAGUGCACGUGCGGGUGGCAGCAGCAGGUGGUUGCGGCGCUGCUGUGUGCUGGCUCUCACAGCAGAUGUGGAUGGCAAUGUGCGGCGGGCGUGUGCUCAGGCCGGCAUGGAUGGGGUCCUCGCCAAACCUAUCAUGCCGGGGGACCUUUUGACUGCUCUGAAGAAAGCACGCUACCACGGUGCAUAGUUGUGGAUUUUGGGGGUGAUUUUGACCUCCAUCCUAUCACAGAUUAAUUGUUUGUGUAGAUAACAUUUACUAAAUUUCAUUUGUUCGUUCUUCGAGGAUAUGUUUCAAUCACCCUGUGUCAAGUGAUAUUGCUU